AUGGAGUCGCUCUUCUCGGUGCCAGGACUGGUAUGUGCGGGUGCCGCGUAUCUUGCUGCGGUGCAGUUACUUCGCUUUCAAAGGAUACGCAGCCUGGAGAAGCAGUAUGGCUACAAGACGCGCGAGUCCUUUGCGAAGAUGACGGAUGAUGAAGCGUGGGCGAUCCAGCGGACGAUGUUCAUGCUGGAGUUCCCAUUUUUCACGUUCAAGGCUCUGCAGUUUGCGUUAUUCAAGACAUACGGGAUCCCUACUAUUUCGAAACUACUGGUUCAGACGUCUGAACUGUCCAGCCCCGAGACAUCUACGAAGCGGUACGCGGAUACUAGUGUGCUGAUUGACGAGUUCAUGUCGAAUCCGCCUUCCUCUGACCGGUCACAUGAAGCUAUUGCACGCAUGAACUACCUGCACCAUACCUACCGCAAGGCCGGCAAGGUCCUGGAUGACGACAUGCUAUAUACACUAAGCUUGUUUGCGCUCGAACCCACACGCUUCGUGAACCGGUAUGACUGGCGUGAAGUUAGUGAGCUGGAGAGAUGCGCGGUGGGGACGUUUUGGAAGAGCAUAGGUGAUUGCAUGGAGAUCAAGUAUGACAAGCUGCCGUCUGCUGCAACGGGGUUCAGAGAUGGGCUACAUUGGCUGGAAGAGAUUGAAGCGUGGAGCAGGAAGUAUGAAAUUGAGUACAUGGUUCCGGAUAAGCACAACCACCAGACGGCCAACGAAACUGUUGCAUUGUUGCUUUACAACGCACCCUCCUUUAUCCACCCUAUUAUGUGGAAGGGUGUUAUUUUCCUGCUGGAAGACCGUCUCCGCGUUGCGAUGAUGUACGAGCGGCCUGAGUGGAUAUAUCGCUUCAUAUUCUCCAAUAUCCUCGUUGCUCGCCAGUUUGUCGCGCGCCACCUGAUGCUCCCACGCCCUUACUGUCUACGGGUGACCCGCCAUACGGAAGCCUUCGACGAGGCCGCUCCGCAUAGUCUUCUAGUCUGGGACAACGCGCCCUACUAUGUCAAGCCGACGCUCUGGAACCGCUGGGGCCCCGAAACCAUGUAUUCGCGCAUGCUGGGCAGACCGGUUCCUGGCGACGACGGCGACAAGUACUUCCCCGGCGGAUUCAACCCUCCAGACGUGGGACCGCAGCGGUUUCUGGGCAAGGGCAAAGAGUACCACGAGCAGACGAAGAAGAGGCUGCAGGUCGAGCGGACGGGCCAGUGUCCCUUUAUCAAGUGA